GCGACGUUUUUGCGAAAGGAGGGCUUCACGAGGACUGCCUUCUUCGCCAAGUGACAGAUCUAUUCAUUAAUUUGCCAAGAAGCGCCUCCAGAUCUACCUCGUGGGAUGCAGCAGCUCCGUCACGUCACGCGUCACAUGCGCACCAGCAGGAGCAGCACCGGCAGGCGCGCGAUGCCCCAGCUGAUGCACCGGUCCACGGCCAUCCCUGUGCAUAGGGUGAGGUCGAGGUGCAUGAGCACAGCCGCUGUGCAUCAGGCGGCAGAGAGGGCUGCGGGCGCAUCGUCAACUGAGGGCGGGAAGGAUCCCGAGAAGGACCCCGAUGCUACUGCAAAGGUACGGCCCGAGAUGAGAUCAGGUCACCCACAUGACCUUGAUGUGUGUUUGUGUGUGUGGUCAGGCCGCCCCUGCCACCCCUCCCCCCUCCACACCCGCCACUGGGGCUUCCUCCAGCAGCGGGGCCUCGGCCUCUCCCACUUCCCCUCCCACACCGGCAGCCGGCUCGGCGUCGUCAGAGAGUUCCUCCGCCCAGCCACAGGGAGGCAAGAAGAAGCACUGGGGUCCGUUCAAGUGGCUCAUGGCCAUCGGUGGCGCGGCGGCGGCAGCAACAUUUGCAUACUUCUUGCAUAAAGCCAGUGAGAGAGGAUUGAUGAGUCGUUGACCGGAUGGGCGGAGGGGAUGUGUCUGGCUGGUUGUCUGUGUGUGUGUAUGUGUCAGACUACAACGUUGCUUUGGCUGAGCUGCUGUUUAUGCAGUGGAUAAAGGACACGUUCGAUCCGCCACGGAUACCGCAAAACGUGACCAAUGCCAAGUUCCAGGUCAGGCGGAUCCACGCACAUACACACCGCACACGCACAGCGGUCCAUUUGUGCUCUGUGUGUGAGUGUGUGUGUGUGUGUGUGUCUGCCAUAGGUGGCCCUUCACCCCGACCUCCAACACGAGCUGGGCACCUACUUCCUGCAGCUGGACCUCGAUAAGGGUACGUCCACACACGCUCUACACAAGCGCCUGUUGGCCAAUGCCUGCAGAGAACGGUGUCCGGCGGACCGACGCGCUCGCACUGGUCGAGAAGGUAAGAAAUAUGGACAGAGAAAGAGAGAGAGAAUGGCGGCCAAUGAAGCAAUGCAUGGAGGUGCGAUGGACAUGUACCUUACUUAUGUCAGUUGGGCUUCCCGUCUGCGAAGGAGUAUGACGAGACGGUCGACACCUGGCUGCGGAGGGGGCGGAAGCAGGAAAGCGUAAGGAAUUCCGCACACAAACAGACGCUAUGAGGGAAGGAGGGAGGGAGGGACAUGUAUGUCUAUCUGUCGGUCUGCCGGUCGUUGGUUUGUGCCUUCAGGACAAGAAGAAGCUGAUGGGCUGCUGCCUGCAGGAGGUGGCGGAGCUGGUCGAGAGCCUCAUACUGCUGGAAGAGAAAAGCGCAACCAACCAGGGAAUCGACAGCGGCGCUUCUUCAUUUGCCGCUCAGCAGCUGGACUCAGGGACCGCCCCAUCCCAUCAGGAUGCCACCACAGCGAGCAGCAGCAGCGCCGGUGCCGCGGCUGCUCCGACGCCCAUGUCGUCCUCCCAGCAGCGCGUGUACGAGCGGCUCAAGGAGCUCAACCCCACUCCUACACCCUCACUCUUACCCCCAUUCAUCGCACGACCCAAAUACCACCCGUAAGCAAGAGGGACAGAUACACAGACACACAGACACACGGAGGCCGUUGGUCGGUUGGUCUACUGGUCCAUGAAUCAGGCGUCCCGUGAUGGGGUCGCCGCCGCACCGUGAGGAGGAAGAGAAGACGCAAGACGUACGCCAGCCACACCACCCACCCGGCCACUGGGUGUGUGCACGACAGCCAUGGUGACGUGUGUGGGGGGGGCGUGUGUUGCUUGCUGCAGGCCGAGGAGCUGGACAUGUAUGAGUUGGAGCUGGCGCAGCUCAAACGACUCGAAGCCGAAAUCAUCCAGAGGAAAACAAGGUAGGUCAGCCGGCAAUCAGACACCACACACCAGAGAGGCGGGAGAUAUGUUCUUUCUUGUCUUCUUUAAGGCGUGGUUUGAGUGAGGUGGAGUCGGCGCGUCUGGGUGACAUCCGAGCUGACAUUGCUGAGACGCAGCGUCGGAUACGGACACUCAAGAACAAAGGCACGCUCUUCGGAUGGGGCAUCGGCAAGUACUGAAUUGAUUAACGGAGAGGCAGCACGAAUGUCCAGCAGUUAGUGUGCUUUGAUGUUUCCGUGGACGGCCGAGUGCAGUGCAGUGCACUCCUCUGUGUGCUUGGUGUCCAUGACAUGCGCCAGCUGACACGAACAGACAAGACAGCUUGAGUAACGACAGACCGACCACAUCAGUUCUGUGCAUGGUUCAGUCUGUCGGUGCUGUUGUGUCUGACGCGUGGUGGACGUGUGACGGGAUCUCCUGGCGUGUGGGAUGCCGUCUCACGUCUACUGCAUCGCGUCAUGCGGGACAACAGACAGACAGACAGACAGGCAGACAGAAGGGGGCUGGUUGAGAUCUGAGGGAUCAAUCAAUGUGUUGGACGCUCUCUGUGGAGGGGUGGAGGGAUGGAAGUAUUGAACU